CGCUCCUGCCAAGGAUGCUGCCGCGAUAGGAGAAUCACCACUGUUAAUGAAGUCUUCGAUGCGACUGCAUCUUGUAGAUCACUUGGCUUCACUUUCGACAUGACAGGUCAAGCCUCAUCUUGAUCGCCUUUCGCCUCAUCUACGUGUAUCCAGCAAUCAACCACCCACUCUAUGCUUGUAAGGCCGUCACCUGUCACCAAUUGCAUAUAUGAAUGAUACAGGCCGUAAUCCGUUCCGCUUCGCUUCCAUUUGCAUGCAUGUUGCUCCCCAUGGCGGCAGCCGCUCUGGUACAACCCUUUCUGCUGUUCCUUUGGUCCCAAGUCGUCCUUGUGCUUUGCCGUCCGUGGGGUUCGUCCCCAUCCAAACGGUCUGCCCCCUUGCGACUGCUCUGCCAGACGUGUCCGGCUGCCACGGAAAGCAAAUCCAACAUCGAAUUAUAUCAAAUACUUUUGCCGCACAGAUGCCGACGUUUGGGCUGACACAUCCGGAUCCUCUGGCUAAAGUGGCUCUCCCUCAGCGCCUGUUACUUCUUGCCUGCUUACUCAACCAUUGCAGGGUGCCGUAACCUUAAACUCCCUCUGCAAAUCGACCUACCUGUAAAGACUGGCUCCGUCCGGCUCUUGCGCCAAGAAGGUUCACUGGUGCUGGCGAUCCAACA